UUUCAUCUCCAUCAAUUUGUACAGGCACUCGUCACUCUGUACUCAGUAGCCAAGCAAAUUUCGCUUGGCAAUGGAGACGAUUCAAAGACUCACUUACCGCUUCUUUCCCGAACUACCCUUUACAGAAAAGUGCUUAAAAGCCAUUUCGACAACCCGAAUUCACAAACCACCAGUUAUCCGUUUCCACCAGACCCAGAAACCCAUGCUCAGACCCGGGUCAUCCAUCUCGAGUCCGGCAUCGAUAAUACCCCGAAGAAAUCACAGCUCUACUUCAACUGCCCGGGCUGGUUGGUUUCUGGGCAUGGGUGAGAAAGAGCAGGUCACCCCUGACAUAGUAAAAGCUGGAGACCCGGUUCUUCAUGAACCGGCUCAGAAGGUCCGACCCGAGGAAAUUGGGUCGAGUCGGAUCCAGAAGAUUAUAGAUGACAUGGUGAAGGUCAUGAGAAAGGCACCUGGGGUAGGCCUUGCUGCUCCUCAAAUUGGCAUCCCCUUAAGAAUCAUUGUUUUGGAAGACACCAAAGAAUAUAUUAGCUAUGCACCAAAGGAAGAGACUAAGUCGCAAGAGAGGCGACCUUUUGAUCUUUUGGUUGUGAUAAAUCCAAUACUCAAAAAGAUGGGUAAUAAAGCAGCACUAUUUUUUGAAGGGUGUUUAAGCGUUGAUGGAUAUAGAGCAGUUGUGGAACGACACCUAGAGGUUGAGGUUACAGGGUUGGACCGAAAUGGACAACCAAUCAAAGUUGAUGCUUCAGGUUGGCAGGCUCGUAUUUUUCAGCACGAAUGUGAUCAUCUAGAUGGAACUCUCUAUGUCGACAGGAUGGUUCCCAGAACUUUCAGGACUCUGGAUAAUUUGGACUUGCCUCUUGCUGUCGGGUGCCCCAAACUCGGUGUUCGCUCUUGACAACUGAACCGGAUUGAUUUGGAGAUUCUUUCCUAUAGCACAAUGAGUUGAGCUCAAAUCACUUCUAACAACAUUUCUACUCUAUUCUAUUUUUACAGCUUGGCAUUCGAGUUUGAGCACAGUCCGAAGAAUAUUGUCGAUCGAUUAUUUUCAAAAAUUUUGCUUUUACUUAUGAGUAGUUUUGAAUUUCCUUGACUACUAAGUGGAAAGGCCAUUGAAAUCGUGCUUGCUUACGCGGCUCAAAUUCUCCCGUCCCACUACCUAAUCAAUAGUCAAAAACGUGUUUCCAUUUACUCGCUUGGACCUUUUCAAUGAAAUUGAUGCCCAAGAUUUGGGCAUGUGAGAUAUGGUUUUAGA